UAAGGUUGGUUUGCGGACCGCCAUUAUGUCAUGGAAGAAGAGAAGGUGACGUCAUUUCCUUAUUCAGGAAAAAGAACGUCAGUCAGAUAAUUUGCGCUGUAGCCCUUGAAGUCUUGUUAUUUUGUGACAUUAACGUUUAAAUACUGUAGUAAUUUGACUUACGCUAACACAUUGACAUUAAAGUUUUUAUUUCAGAAAGCUAACGAAAGAGACUAUCGUCGUAGCCAACAGUUUUGUACGUAGCUCUGCUUUUUAAACCUGUCCUUGCGCAAACAUUAUUCACCAUCAAGCCCAACAUCUGACUGUCAUGGAUCAAAUAUCGAUCACUGCAGAAGUACCAAAGAGUCCAUGGGGUGCCACCACAACCAAGGUGGUGUGUCCCUGCUCCUUCACUGAUGUCAUGAGCGAGCAGCUGGCCAAACAACUGGAUGAUGAAAGUCAUUCUUUCCCUGAUUUCUCAAAUGUCAGCGCUGCUCUGGAUGCCGGUGAGGAGCGAGAGACAGACAGUGAUCUGAUGCUGGCUCAGAUGCUGCAGAUGCAGUUUGACAAGGAGUUUGACACCCAGCUACGCACAGAAGAAAGGAAGUUCAAUGGCGAUAGCAAACUAUCCAUCUCCUUUGAGAACUAUCGCAUGGUGCACCCUUACGAGGCCAGCGGCAGCUCCGAGGAUGAAGUUGAUUGGCAAGAUAGUUGUGACGACCCCUACAAAGCUGACAAACCCACGAUAACUCCAAGGAGAGGCUUUACUGGGAAAGGCAAGAACAUCACUACUAAGCACGAUGAGGUUGUGUGUGGCAGGAAGAAUACUGCACGCAUGGACAAUUUUGCCCCAGAGAUCAAUGUGGGAGAUGGGCUUGGCAUGGACCUGAAGCUUUCCAAUCAGGUCUACAACUCCCUCAAGCAACACUGCUACUCCGAGCAGCGUCGCAGUGCACGGCUGCAUGAGAAGAAGGAGCACUCCACUGCUGAACAAGCAGUGGACCCAAGGACCCGUCUGCUCAUGUACAAAAUGGUGAACGCAGGCAUUCUGGAGAACAUCAACGGCUGCAUCAGCACUGGAAAGGAGUCUGUGGUGUUCCACGCAAAUGGGGGAAGCAUGGAGAAUAAUGCUGUCCCAGAUGAGUGUGUGCUCAAGGUCUUCAAGACCACACUCAACGAGUUCAAGAACCGUGACAAGUACAUCAAGGAUGACUACCGCUUCAUAGACCGCUUCAGCAAGCUGAACCCCCGCACGAUCAUCCGCCUGUGGGCUGAGAAGGAGAUGCACAACCUGGCUCGUAUGAAGAAAGCUGGCAUUCCAUGCCCCGAGGUGGUGGUUCUGAAGAAGCACAUCCUUGUGAUGUCGUUCAUUGGCAAGGACCAUGUGCCGGCUCCCAAACUGAAGGAGGCCAUGUUGGGCUCUGAGGACAUGAAGAGGGCCUAUUACCAAGUGGUUCAUAUGAUGCAACAGUUGUAUCAGGAGUGUAACCUUGUCCACGCUGACCUGAGUGAAUACAACAUGCUGUGGCAUGAGGGCAAGGUUUGGCUGAUUGAUGUGAGUCAGUCCAUCGAGCCCAAUCACCCUCACAGCCAUGAGUUCCUAUUCAGGGACUGCAGGAACGUGGCCACGAUUGAGGCACUGGAGAAGAUGAAUGAGGACCACGUGCAGAGAAGGGGCAAGAAAAUGUACAACUUCAGCGACGGAGGACCUCCCCUAUUACACGACGAUGAUUAACAAUCAGAUAUUAGACACCAUGAAUAGUUACAUGGAACCUGUUUGGGUGAUUGUUUGAGAGAAUGGGUCGAGUAAACCCCCCCAUGGUCUCAGUGAGGUAUGCAAGAGGUCGAAAGGUCGCUGCAUCCUAAGAUGGUGUCAUAGGCUUCAUUGGGCUAAAAAGGCUCCAAACCACCUUCCAUGAAAUGUCAACAUCUCAUUCCGUUACUACGGCUGUAAAUGGAAUGGAUGGGGAUGUCUGACGGGGUACAUGACAGACUGCGUCUACAUGCACACACAAUAAUUGCUUUUUAAAUUAGAGUAUUAGUAACCAGCAUUCAUGACAUUAUGAACAAGUUAUCUUCUCAAGUAAACUGAGCUCGAAUGAAAAGAGUUUUGCGUAAUGUUCUGAAUGAAACAAAUUGUCAUCCAACAUUGUGAUGGAGAGCCCAAAGUAUCAGUGAAUAUUUUAAUCAUGAAAAGGGGCUGUCUUGACUGAAGACAGAAUGAGUUGUUUUGCAUUGAGGUCCGUUGUUCUUACAAUGGAGCUGUCAUGUUUGUGUACUCUGUCAUUUCAAUAUUAUGGUGGAAAUAAAUGGUAAAAAUAA